AUGUCCUUCGAGUUUGGCCUGUCUCCUCGGGUUCUGCGUUUACCCAGGGCCGACGACCCUGAAUCAUAUAUACUUGUUCAUGUCGCUCGCACUGGCUCGUCUCUUGUGGAUUUGAACGUCACUGCUACUGAAGGCGAGAACCCGUAUAUUGGUACAGUGCGCAAGUCGCACCUACAUGAGUUUCGCUCUAAAAACUAUGACGGCAACGACGAGGAAUGGGUGCAAAUUAUAUCAUAUGUCUUUGGCCAGCUGGAUGAGUCCGACGCGAAGAUGAAGUUGUGUGGUAUUGAAUCAUCGGCUAGCGUCAUUGGUGCCAGUGAUGCCGAAGACAAGGAGCUGGUGAUCACUAUUCGAAAGAGGAUCCAGACCAUAACUCAAAGACUUGGCUCCGUGACUCUCAGGCAAGAUGACCAACAAGCUAUCCAGCUCUUUGACUGGGCAGCGCUUGCUGCCGCCAGGGCCCAUACCCUCGAGCAGCGUUUUACUUCUUUGCUUGCUCGCUACCGCAGUGCUGAGAACGUGAUUAGACAACUCAACAAGCAGCUCGAGGAGUUCGUUUCCGCGAAAACACAGCACGAAGAACAACUAAUAGUCAAUUUUGUCCAGCUGUUGAACGAAAAGAAGCUUAAGAUACGCAACCAGCAACGCCUACUAGCCACUGCAAAAGUAGACCGGGAAAAAGUGUCUUGCAUUCAGACUGCAGCAUCAGAUCAGCAUCUCCGACCGCACAAAAGUAUCCGGGUCGCGAAGCGUACCGCCGCGGAAAUGAGCGAUGAUGAGGCGGAGAGUGAAACGGAAUUCGAUCAGACUAUGCACUCAAAUGACUCUGAGAAGGCCAAUGAAACGGCCGAUGAGCGAUCUUCAACAUCUCAGUCUCUGGAGGAAAGGGACGAAAAUGCCGCAGAUGAAGGGUCUCCCGCGCCCUCAGAUUUGACUGGCAGCGAGGACGAAAGACAUAUGCUCGAACGUAGAAGUCCAGCUGGUCGCCCUGUAAUUAAGGAACUACCCGCUCCUCCUCGAAGAGAACUUCCAUUUGCCAGAAAGGCCCAAACGGCCGUAACGAAGCCAAAAACACAGGCUCAUCAGCAGGAGAAUAACACAGAGGAUACUGCUGGGGAGACAGAUGACGAUGAGCUAUGA